CUCCCGCUCGGCUGCAUGAAACCUGCGCGCCACGAGGUGAAGUUGCCAGUGCUAUUCGUCGCCGCAGUGCGAUACGGUCGAUAGAAGAAAACGUGGUCAACAGUCUCCGGUGGUUGCAGCUGCCGCAGACAUUGUCGCGACGCCUCGUUCCCUCCUACGCAUCGUCGUUCCGCUCCGUUAGAAAAUUCCCCAAUAAUCGCGCCGCGUCGUGGCGUCUCAUCCUGCCCACCCCUCGGCACAGAGGGUGGCCACGCACACGGUGCCCGUGCUCCGGUUCAUUCCGUCCCGAGAUGCCGUGCGCACGUCGUCAUGCCACACAGACGUUCAGACAGAAUGUUUGCGAAUACACCGAGGCGAAAGUGAUCGGUGAGAUUACCUGUGAAAAAAGGGGAUAAAUUUGACAGUGUAACGAUCGAUCUGUUUUUCAUUCACAUCGACGAGGACGCUGUCACCGCAACCUUCGUUUGUUCCCAUUCAGUUCUUCGGUGACAAUUGAAAGUGUCUGUUUUUGCGGUUUCUUUCCUAUCUGUUUUCCUUUUUUGCCGAUUACGUGAAUAUAAAUUCUUGGGUAAAUGAUCCAGUAUGAUAAACGUUUUUUGACCACGAGCCGGCUCGUCCAAUCGAAGGCGAACGAGCGGUUGCAUCGGUCCCGGCGAAGGAUGCCAGGAACGCCACGGGAAUGCAAUGAUUCCGGGCGACGCGUUCGAACGUUUACGCGGCAACGCUGAACUAUAACUGGUCCCGCAAACAGAAACGAUCGACAGCGUGCCGCGUGGCGAGCCGUGACAUUGGACUUUCGUGGAAUCUGUUUACGCACGAGGCGACCGGAGAGUGCCCUGUCAGCCUGGUUCCGAGCGCCACUGCAAAAAUCGUGGCGCACGGAAUCCCUGGCCUUGAUGCUACGCGCACCUCAUCGAUCACUAUCGACAACCGGAUUAAACCGAGCCAGACCAGCCUGUGACGAUCAGGAGGAUCGUCUUUUGUGACAUUUGCACCUCAUCGCCACGCAGUCGAAUGAUAACUGGUAUCUCGACUGGAAUUCCGGUGCGGAAGCUCUGACCAUUCAUUGGAACCAACUUGGGAAAUUUCGAGGCGAUAUUCGGAGCUGCUGGUACACAUGUACCAGAUGGAACUGUUUUUCAUUGAAUUGUCAUUACGUCAAACUUCCAUGCCAGUGUAACAAUCACUCGAGGCUCAAACGAUACUUGGGACGCUGGAAUAAUUGAAAGCUCGAUGAGAUUGGACCGAAGUUGCAUCAUCCGGAUGCAACCCCCCCUUCCCCAGCGUUCCGAGUAAACUAUGUUGUGGUUCUCGAAGGAUCACUAAACCGGCGUAGAAAAGUGUGACGGUCGGCCUGGCGCCAGGGGGGGUUGCCGAUCGAUUUUCGCGGAAACGAGAUGAGAGGAGGGAGGAUGUUCCGGUUUACGGCGUAGAAGUUAGAUUUUCUCGUCCAGUCACGUGCCAAGAAGCGUAAUUCUGCGACGUGUAGGGAGGGUUCGGGUCGUCAUCGAUAGUAAGGAGGACAACGGCGGGGCUGGGAGUGGGGUGGUGGGGGACUUUUCCCGAGUGGUGGUCGCUGGCGCCUCGACGUCGUUGUGGGAAAUCGAUUUAUAGUGCCCGCCACCCCGUUGCUGCAGUACAAUGACCUCCAAACCGGGAAGGUCCUACAGCGUGAGGUCUCCGCGAGUCGGAGGACCCCUCUCGCAGUCGUUAGCGAUGAUUCCGCCGACGAUGCACGGCCACGAAUUCAAUCAACCUCUGUCGAGGGUGGUUAUGGUUCGUAAAACGGAUCAAAGGACCUUUAGUAAAGGCAGAAGGGGCGGCGAGCCUCUUCUUGAAACGGUAACCAGGGAAACCGUCGAGCUUUUCAAUGGCGGUCGCGCUGAAAGGAAAUACACGUCGGAAACCAGAGACAUCGUUACGCCAAAGUCAAACAGUAUGCCCUCGCUCAGCGUUAAUGGAACCAAAAAGAAGGUGGUUGGCUUUGUCGACCAACUAUCGCCCGAAAGGUCGAGGACGGAUUCGGUCAGAUCGAAGUCCCCCCUGACAGCGUCGCCGGCUUCCCCAGGGCCAUUGUCGAAUUCUCUGCACGGCAGCUUUCACGGUAGUUUAGGCAGCGAUGGGAUGUCUUAUAGCAGCGCCAGGUCAUCCUCGGCGUCCCCAGACUCCGCAAGAUGCUCGUCGACACCGGUAAUCAUACCAGCCAUACCGACUAGCUAUAAGUCGACUAUAACAAAGACUGACACACGUAAACCGUCUGUGCGCAGAUUGGGGCCUCCUAAGGAAUUCAUCAACGUUUGUCUCGACACACACAAUUACUUCCGCUCGAGGCAUGGAGUACCACCUCUUCGUCUCAGUAAACAGUUAUGUAAAACGAGUCAAGAUUGGGCCAACAUACUGGCGACCAGAGGUAGGUUAGAACAUAGGGCGAACAUUGACUACGGUGAGAACUUAUACUGUAUGUGGAGCUCGAAUCCUAAGACCGUUGUCAGUGGCGACGAGCCUGUAAAUGAAUGGUACGCCGAAGAAGCGCAACAUCAAUAUGGAAAAGAGCCAACCACCUUGAAAACUGGUCACUUCACUCAGGUCGUCUGGAAAGACAGUACAGAGUUAGGUGUCGGAAUGGCCAGGAAUCGGAACGGUGAAGUUUAUGUUGUUUGCAACUACAACCCAGCCGGAAAUUUUCUGGGAAGCUUCACAGAGAAUGUCCUUCCGCCGGGUGGUUCAAGUCCUAGUAAAAAGAUUUCUUUUCUACCGAGAUACACUAUGGACGAUCAAGCAUGGCAACAAGAAGCUUUGCUCGUCCACAACGAAUACAGGAGGCGACAUCGAGUACCAGACUUGAGGCUAAACGCCGAAUUAACGGCUGCAGCUAAGGCGUGGGCGAACACGUUGCUGAACACGAACAAGCUGAUCCCACAAUCAUCGUCUCCGUACGGAGAAAACAUCUAUUCGAUGCAGUGUUCCGAUCCGAAGCUAAUUGUACCGGCACGGGAGGUAGUUUCGAAAUGGUAUUCUGAAAAGAAGGAUCACAAGUUUGGAACAGAGCCAAAAGUCCUAAAUACAUGUCACUUCACGCAAAUUGUCUGGAAGAACACCGCUGAGAUGGGCAUAGCGAUGGCCAAACGAGACGGAAGUUGCGUAGUGGUUGCCUGUUAUCAUCCGAGGGGUAACAUCGUUGGUCAGUUUACGGAAAACGUGUUGAAGCCUGUGAAGAGCACCUGUUAGGUCACUUAUCCGCGAACCGUAUUUUUAAUAAACAUUUGCAAACGCCCAUGAGAAACGAGCGUUUCUUGAUUCCCUAAUUAAAUUUUACAUUCUAAUCGCAUUUUUGUAAUUAUUUUUUUACUUUAUCGUCAUUGAAUUAUACAUCGAUUCCCGCAAUUUCUCAUUUGUAUCGACGUCACUUCACGAGAUCUAAUCAUGCCUAACAAUUUUAUUGCGUGAUUUAUCGGUUCUUUUAUUACUUAACGAAAUGGUUAGAAAAUUUGCUGUUCACUGCAAUAAGAUUUAACACGUUCUUUGGACUUGUUUCACUUGAAUGUCGAUUCGCGCUAUGUGCAACGUAAAUGGUAAUACGUUCAGAUUGCUGAAUGUAAUUGGAAUUGUUUGGUACAUGUUCUUUUUUGCGAUUUGGAUAAUUAUUUAUCGCAAAUUUAAUACUUGAAAUAAAGAACAUACAGUAGUAUAAAUGAAUAAAAGUACCGAAUGGAAUGGCAAGACAAAUGAUUUAAUGACGAAAAUUUCUGUUGGCUUAAAGAUCGUAUUCGACGUGCGCUAAAAAAUGUACGCAUGGCAGAGAACGUGUUAAUAAUCACCCGAGCACGUUGUUAAUUUAUCUCUUUUUGAUUCUCAUUUCUUCUCAUUGUGUCACGAACGAAUAAUUUAUUUUUAAGCACCGACGUUUGUUGACGCAUUCGUAAAUUCGUGGUGCCGUUUGCGAAUAGUUGUUACGAACGCGUUUUAUUAUGUUUUCACCAAAGAUAAUUUACAUUGGCGGACGUUUCUUAAUAUUUUACACGGUCGAUGAAUCCACGGCAUUGGAUUGUUUUGCUGGAGUCAUCCCACGAUCUUGUCGAUAAUGUAUUUAAAUGCUGUAUUUAUAUAUCGUAUGUAGACGACGAUACGCAUAAUAUAUGUAUAUAACACAAAUGUGCAUACGCAUAGAAUAAAAACAUUCCACGUACUACACGUAAUCGCAGUCACUUCGUCUCUUUCGAUUCGAUAAUUAAAAUCAAUUGAUAAUGUAUCGUGAAACAACAAUUGAACUUUGGACAUCGAUAAUAUAAUGAUACUGCGCCUUGCAUUCUCCUUAAUCAGAUGGUCCGAAAAUGUUUAUUGAUGCAAACUUGAAGUUAUUUAUACACAAAGAAGCAUAUUCAACGAAAUUGUGUAGAAAUGGCGAAUACAAAUAUCGUAUCCGUGAAAGUUACUUUAAUAUGUAAUUGACAUAUUUGUGAACGGUUUGAACUAUUAAAUGAAUUUUAUUUGCAAUUAACUGAUGCAAAUUGAAGAAUCUAUUAGGUUUAAUUUGACAUUGAUUUGUACGAUUUUUAUUAUUUGAAGUUUUUCAUUUGUAUAAGAGAUAUUUAAAGUCUGUCGAAAUGUUUUUACACGUUUUGUUUUGUUAAUCGCUACGUUAUUUGUUUGAAACGCGAAUCAUUGAAAAAUUAAUCAGAGACAUAAUCUUUAUUAGCAAGAAAGAGUAGUAUUAAUGAGAAAUCGGACGACUACCGAUUGUUCCUUCGCUCCUUACCUCAACAUCUCGCAAAACGAGAGGCAUUUGUAACGUUUCUCACGACAAUAUUACUAUUAUUAUUACUAUUAUUAUUAAUAUUAUUAUUACUAUCAUUACGUCUGCAUAGCAUGUAACAGCGAACGAAAAUAUUCUGAUAAUUUAUAAACGUACGUUUAUUAUAGAAAUUUCUUUUCAUUUCGACCAAGUGAAAUACAUUGUGAAGCAAAUUCUCGACUCUACUUUUUAAGAUAGAAUGCGUUUAUUCUUUCAACUUAGAGUUCAGUUUUACUGAGAUUUUAGAGUUACAUUGUUUCUUCAAUCGACGCGGGCAUAGUUUUAAUUUAUGUUUCCGUACCUUAUGCGCAAACUGUGUAUUUCAAAGAAAACGGUGUAUCUACGUAUCUACAGUUGUAGUCCGUAAAAUUGUACCACUGUAUGCGCACGCAAUGUAGAUUUGUCGAAAGUGUACAGCAUUUAGAAAUUUAGUAAAUGAUACAUUUAUUUUCAACCAUUUGAUGAUUUAUAAACGUAACAAAAUGUGUUUCCUGUAACGCAGAUCGAACCGUUAGUUGUCAGCAGACGAUUAAUGAACACAUACAAGUUAAACAACAAACAUUUAUAACUUUAAAAUGAUGCAAUUUCUAAGGUCGUUAUUGUAUACAUAUAAUAAUAGCAUUCAUUUCACAAUGAAAAUGUGUUAAGAAAAUCAAAUCAAUUAUAACCUCGUGGUUUUCCACUAAUUCAAGCAUUCUUUUGAUUAUUUCAUUCUCCUAUCUGUGAAGCAGAACAUAAUCCUUCUUUGCACCUCUGCAUAGAACUUGUGUCUAAUUGUAAGUUUUAGCAAGAAACAAAUAAAAGCUACAUAAAAAUAAGGUAAGCUUUUAGUAUUCGAGUAGCUUUUUCUAGAAUCUGUAAUUAGAUAUCCUAAAAGCGGUAAGGAAUUAAUGCCAUAGCUCUUAAUUAUUUUUCAUAUAUGAUUCACGAGUUUUGUUUACAUAUGUAGAUACAAAGGUACAUUUAUGUCAACAUAUUUUUCUAUGUCAGAUUUCGAACAUUUAUCAAACUUAAGUUUCAUGGGAAGAAUUACAAGGGUGUUCAUAAAUGGACAAGAUUUGAUUGGUCACUAUUAAUAUACUGUCGAAACAUGAAUAAAAGUGUAUCCGCUUUAUAAUAAUUUAUUUAUAAUAAAUUUACAUGCACGCGUUGCGUAAUAAUACGUCACGUUAUAGAAUAGAUGUAGGUACAUUCUCUCUCUGUUUUUCUGUUCUUAUUAUUUUACAUUACGUACGGCCGUUCAUAGUUUUUUUUCGUGGUCGAGAGUUAGUUUAAAUCUUAGUGUCAAAACGAGUUAAACAGUACUGAAAACAACGAGAUCCGUUUGUCGCGUGCGUCGAUCUCGCAUUCAUUUGCAAAAGAAAAGGAAUGUUUGUUACAGUUAAUGCUUUGUGUUUCAUCGAUGAAAAGGAAAAUAUUCUUCCACAGUACUGAAUUAUAAUUACACUACGGAUUUUUUUUAUUAUUUACAAUAUAUUCAAGUCCACGAAAUAUAUAAGUUGUAACAAAAAUGUAAUAUUUGGUGAAAUAUUUAUUUUCAAAUUAAUAAAGCCUAUGUAGGUAUUUGUUGGAAUGAAUUUUUUGUUGAUUUUAUUGUUUUAAUUUAUGAAUAUAGAAUUAUCUAUAAACAUCCGUAGUCUAAUUAUAUCACGUUCAUAAACGUGGAUAAUAAUAAUUGAAGUAGACAUUCUUUCUUUCCUUUUGUCAGUUUCUGACAAUUAGCGUUUGUUUCUUUUUCUUCAAUAACGAAACCAGUAUUAUUGGGAGCGUAAAUAAGUUGUCGGUUCACAUUAAUAAGAAGUGUCAGGUAAGUGUUAGUAGUUAAUGGUAAAGAUCUCUUUUUCGCUUCUUUUCGUAUUAAUGGUUUAUUUACUUUGUAUUAGUUUUUUGGUUAUUAAUAUAAAAUUGGCGAGGAGGAAACAAAUGUCGAGAACGAAAAUGGUUUUCCAACUUAUUUACACUUACUACAGUAGUCUUUACAAAGAACGAAUAGACGAGAAUAUACUAAAAUUAAAUUGCUUUUAAUAAAGCAUCGAAUCGUGGUAAUUACUUUUCACGCGAUAUUUAUCUGCACUGAUAAAUAUUACACAUGAUUACUUCUUUGUCUGAAUUACAAUUGAAGAAAUAUAGAAAGAAUUUGUUCUCGUGAUUAGUUAUAUCAUUGUUUUAUGAUACCUUUAAACACAUCAUUUACAUAGGAAAACAUUUAUGUAAUUCGUUAUCGUGUAUGUAUUUGUCGCCAUCAACUUUGAGUACAAGAUCUCUAUGUUAUUUGAUCUGUCAGUUAUAUAUCUUUAAAAAUUAUUAGUAAUUCCUUUUACUAAGCUAUUAUUAGAAAUAAACGGUACACACAGUUUAAUAAAAGUAGAGGAUCAUAUUCGCACAUGGUCUCCGAAAAUUCACGGAACGCAAUUCUUUAACUAUAAAAUGCAAUAUGGAACCCAAGAAAAUGAUAUUGUACUUACUUAUUAAUAUACAAAAUUAGUACAGAAAACAUGGUAAAGACUUAAUUUUGAUAUGCAGCCGAAUAUUUGAAUGAAAUUGACAGUAAUCAAAGUGUUGAUGCAUUAAUAUCAUCUUGUAGUAUACUACAACUAUUCAUUAUAAUUAACAUGUCUUAAAAGGAAACUGAGAAAGGAUAAUCAAUUUUAGACUUCCGUAUAAGAAUCUACAGUUCGAAAGACUGUUGUAAUUACAGACUGAUGUCUAGAAAUACUUCUGCUUAAAUCU